AUGGGUCCGAACAUGGAAAUAGAGAAGUCGAAAGGAGUUAUGCAGGAAAUUUUGUACGAGGUUAUCGAGAAAAGGUUUGUUCUGCUGUUUGUAAGCAUGUUUGUGUUAAACCAAGAUAAAAUUAUCAUAAAUGAUGGAGGGGGUAAAAGCUAAUUUUUAUUAUGAAAAACUCUCAACAACCUGAAAACUUUCAGCGAAUCCUACAAGUUCAUCCGAAUGGCUGACGAUCUGCACGAUGUGGCCUCGUACCUCAACGACAUGCGCAUUUGUUUUAUCGCGCUGACUGUAACAGGUGAGUUCUAUAAUUUCCUCAAAACCUUCUCAGAUUCCUCUGCCUUUUUCUCAUCAAAAGCCACCCUUUCCGGUGGAUAAUGUAGUUUCCUAUAAAUAAGUUGUCUGGUUUCUGUUUUCUCUCCUCAUUUUCCCGCCGUCUUUCUUUCUUCCUUACGCUUCUGUUUCAUAACACGGAGCGGGAGAAGCAUAUGAAAUCAGAUACGUGAACAUGGGCGUUGUUGUCGUAUGGCGUCGUCUCCGCGGAUCCGCCUUGUUUUAAAGUCGUCAAUCAAUUGUGCACAUUUGAAGCUCAUAUGGGGUUCAGCGCCAUUAAGUGAUUUAUUGAUGAGAAAUGAACACGGCAAUUGGAAAUGCAAUUGUUGUUUCAGGAUACAUUGUGCUCGUCAUCUACUUGUUCGUGUUUUGCUUCCGACGAAGCCGACGAAACCAACCACGCCGACGUUAUGGGGAUUACCAGGUCGGGGUUUUAGAGGAAUUCCGUUUUGAACUUUUAGUUAUUACAGCUGGAGAGCCAACGCGAGUUCAACAAUACGCAAACAACCAACGACGACAUGCUGACAACGGUGCGAAGCGAUGCGAACAGCAGUUACAUGGGCAGGAACCACAGGUACGCAUUAGUGGUCUCAUGGAAAUAUUAACAUGGAUGAUAGAGAAACGACCUGAGUUCAUCUUCUAACGAUCACGUGUGAAGUGACUUUAAACGUGUGACUAAUGCCCAUCACUCACUCCUUUUCCUCUUUUAACAACGAAAAAUUGGAUUGACAUCACAUUAAAACCAAUACUCUUAGUUCUAUCUAAUGAUAAUCACACAAAGCGAAAAAACUUGAUAUAUUUAUUUUAGAGGACGGAUCCGACAGGAAAAGGUGGGAAAAACGAACGAAAUUUAAUUAUUAAUUAUCAUUAUUAUCUAUCCUAUAUUUAUGUUCAGUUUUUCUUUUUAUUUUGUGCAACUAGCUGGCUGAUAGUUCAGUAAACUAGAAAGCUUUUACAAAACUCACGCAGAUCUUUGAUAGUGUCACACUAAGCAAUUUCUCGGAAACCAAACCAAAACAACGCAUGAUCUUGAUUUCAUUUCGUGAAAAUGUUUUCAUUCUGUUGUCAGGCCAAAAUCUAGCAUGAGUUUCAUGAUCACAAUGGCUUUCACUUAACAAUUGCACAUCAGAGCGGAAUAGUUAGCACGACACUAUUUGAGGUUUCAUCUGCAUUGUGUGAAAUUUUGUUCGGAUUUUGCAGUUCAACCUUACCCACGUUUGUGAAUUUGGUUCAACUGAAACAAAAGACAAAAUUUCACAUUCACAUGAAAACGUUAUUCGCGGAUCGUGCCACGUGCAAAUGCUGUGUUUUUUCAGGUCGCAUCAGAAUACGGCUCCAACGUUCAUGCGCCACGGACACAUGAACCAUCAGCAGACGACACGACUCGUGGCGGACAACGACGGCUCGGCGGUCAGUAUCCUCGCGAGCAUGGCCUCUGUGUCUAAAUGUGAAUGGAUUUCAGGUGAAACACCAAAUACCACACAUUACAACGGAGGCGCCAAUUGAGGAGAAAGCGAAGGUGCCGCAGCUCGUCAAAGAUUCCAUCGACUCGUGA